AUGAACCUAGAGCAAGAGAUUGCAGAGAGAUGUUACGAUAACACAGAGGAUCCGCAAUUUAUCAACAAGGUAUCAAUUUAUCAACAGUUCCGAACUAUGCUAGGGAGAAACUUGGUAGACAAUUACACAAGCAGGAAGAGGACGAUCAACAGCCUACCUACUUUUGUCACAAAAAGACCAACCCCUGACAGCAGGCAAAAGACUGUUUAUGGUGUACCUGAAACUUUGAGGCUAGCAGAUGUUGGUACCCAUCUCCCUGGUGAACUGCCAAAGUAUAGAAGAUGCCGCUACUGCAGCAGCAAAGGCAACAGCAAAAAAUCUAAAAUAGAGUGUGUCAGAUGCAGAGUUGCUCUGUGUGCAGUACCAUGUUUUGCUGAUUUUCAUCAAACCUAG